GCUCUUCCUGCCACUGCAAAUCAGGAAGCUCUUCCUGCCAUUGCAAAUCAGGAAGCUCUUCCUGCCACUGCAAAUCAGGAAGCUCUUCCUGCCACUCCAAAUCAGGAAGCUCUUCCUGCAAAAGGGCUCGUGAAUACACCUCAGGCACCCCCAUUUCACGUUACAGUGAAAGUGCCUGUGAACACAGAAUUCAGUGGCGGUGUGGCUGACACCCGGGAAGAUGCGGCUGAAGGGACCUACAGGGCUCUUGCAGGAGAUCUUGCUCUGGAACAUUCAGGACCAGAGCUCCUUCCUGGUGGUACCAAACAACUGCUCCUGGAUUUCUUCAGGAAGGCCGGCUGCAAGCCACCUGCGAAGACCUACAAAAAAACCCAAGAAGGGAAGUUUAAAUGCACACUGGCCAUCCAUGGAGACUUCACUUUUCAGAACCAAGAAGGGACAUCCACAAAGAAGCAGGCAGAACAGGAUGCAGCAAAGGAAGCCUUAACCCGACUGUCACGGGUCCUGGGCUGGAACCAGGAAAAAGUAAACAAUAGUAAUUACAAAGGAAAGCUGAAGGAGCUGCUUGAUAAACAGAAUAAGCAACCAACCUAUCAGAUACUUCCAGGAGUUACUGACAUAAGUAACAGACCUGCAGAUGGUCUCAGCUCAGGAAGCACAGAAGGUCCCAUCUGUGAAGCCGCUGCAUCAGUUAGUGAUGUGGUAUCCGUGGCGAUCCCAUCUGAUGCCUGCAGUCAGUGCCCUUCUCCUCAAAAAUCUGCCAAGAUAGACUGUCCAGAUAUUCAAAAAAUGCUUGGAGUCUAUCGUCUAAACGAACAAUUGCAGAAUUUGCAAAUCAAUCCAAAGAUGAGCUUUGGGUACAAAGUGCAGAUCAACUUCAAAGACGGCACCAUAAGGAGCCAAGAUGCCCACACGACCAAAAAAGAUGCCAAGCGGAAGCUCUACUUGGAAUUUGCCAAAGCUCUUUCCCUCGGGGAGUCAAGCACAGAGGAGCAUCAGGCUGUUAAUCUUGUUAAAGAAUAUUUCAAACGCCACACCUUUGAGCUACCGUCUGAGGAUUAUUUACCAAAAGCUGAUAAGUUUGUAUGCUCACUGACACUUAAGUCCUUCUGUUUCUCUUACGAAAGCCGAGAGCCAUCUGAGGAAGCGGCCAGACAGGAGGCCUCCCGGCGGGCCUUUUCCCGGCUGGCCCCCCUGCUUGGGCACCCGGCGGCUGUUAGCGGCUGCGGCACUGAAGCCGAACAGCAGCUCAAGCUACUCCUGCAAGCCGCGGAUCAGUUGGAUCCAGUUUUUCAGCCACUCCCUACUCAGCACAAGGCCACCGCCACACUUGGCCUGAGUAAUUUCUCCUUGGAAAGCAGAGCCCCGAAUAAGAACAGCGCUCGGAGCAGACUGAGCAGCCGCAUCCUCGGACUCCUGGGAGAGGAGGGUGCAGAAGCAAGCAGCAAUAUUUCAGUCAGGAAUCAGCUUGAUGAUUGGUUUAAGAAGAGGAGAAUUGAACAGCCAAAAUUCGAGAACACGCAAGAUGGUGUGAAGGCUACAUUCUCAGCCCCUCUGACUUUUUCUCACCCAGGAUGGGAAAACAGCUGGAAAGAUGCCGAAAGCAGGCUGACAGAUGUGAUGAAGGCACGACUCGGACAUCUUUCUGAGGACACCAGCUAGCAUCAGAGAGAAAGUUGGGAAGGGAGAAGCAGACGUCUGCGUUUCUGCUUACAUCUGGGACUGUCUUAGUCCUUUAGCACGAGUGUGUGCACCGUCACCACUGACCCCCGGUGAGAAGGGCUUUGCAGACUCUCUAAAUGGAAGUGCCACGUUUACAAGCUUCAAAACAUACUGCAAAGAUAGUGCAGUGGGGGGAUUAAGCCAGAUGUAUCCUCAUGUCAGCAAAUAUAUCGUGCUCAGCCAUAAGCAGUGUUUGUUUUUUUGUAAAACGAGGCUGCUCUUUACAGAAGGGUAACAUGGAUGCGCAGAUCAAUACUGAAAUAUCAACUCUUUCUCUGAUGGUUUCAUUUGGAGAUUUGAUUCUAAUAUUAAAAGACUGAUGUCUUAACUUGGUAAUUUAAAUGUAAAUUUUAAUAACAGGCACGUUUAGGGUUAGGCCCAUGGUUGAGGGGGGGGAGACUUACGUUCAACAUAAGAAUGUUUUACUACUAGCCAACUGGGCUACUUCAAUCAAAAAACCAGUAACCCAGAUAAAUAUUCUUUUUAUUCACAAUGUACAAUGUAAUUUUCAAGCACGGAGAGCAACCAAAGUCAUCGCGUCUUACAAUAAUAAAUAACCAUGUCAAAAGUUAUUUCCAGCCCAUCAUUUAACUUCCAUAAGCAGUUUCCUCAUUCAGAGCAGCACAGGUUAACACAGUCAGUGCGUAGCCUCACAGUCACUGAGGUACAAAAAGCUGCUCAUUCUGGCAUCAUCAUGUUUUUUAAAGUCCACAUUAAAAUGCUUUGGUGAAGGGAGUGCUAAGUUGAGGGGGAAAAAAGGUGCAUUAAAUAGUUUUUUCGAUUUCUGUUCAAUCCAGCUGGCCAACAUCUCUGCUAUUUCUUUGCUCUGGAAAAUGGAGUACAAGGGUGUCAAAUGAUUUUUUUCAAAUUAUUCACCUGGGUGAUUAAUUGCAUGAAUAAUUGUGUAAACAAUCAUUUGUGUAUUAUGUGUAGAAAUUCAUUUAUUUCAAACAGAAGUCUCAAAAUAAAGAUGAACGUAAA